UUUCCAUUUCUAAUCUCUCUCUCUCUCUCUCUCUCUCUCUAUAGAGGGCUUCCAUUGGUUAGGCGCCUGACCUCUCUCCAGAUCAGAGAAAGAGGGAGAUGAAGAGAAUAAGGGCAGAAGCUUCGUUGAUGGCGAUAGCACUGGGAAGAGGCCUGUUGGCUUCUGUACUGUUGGUGAGCAGUAUCUGCUGGGGGGCAGACGGUGGUGGCCUCUGCUUCUUCACCGGCGGCCACUGCCAACAAGGGGACAAAUGCAUCAGGAACAGCAACUGCGCUCAGGGUCUCCACUGCGAGACCUGCAUUACCAAUGGCGGUCUCCUCCCGAGAUGCACUCGUAUCGCCUCCCUCAACCCCACCUCUCUGGUGGGAGGUCUGCCAUUCAAUCGGUAUUCCUGGUUGACGACGCAUAACUCGUUCGCCAUACUUGGGGAGAAGUCGGCGACUGGAGCUGUCAGGCUUUCGCCCUCCAACCAGCAGGACUCCAUUACCUCCCAGCUCAAUAACGGUGUGCGGGGACUGAUGUUGGACAUGUAUGACUUCAACAACGACAUUUGGCUCUGUCAUUCCUUCGGUGGAAAAUGCCAUGACUACACUGCUUAUCAACCGGCCAUCGACGGACUCAGAGAGAUUCAGGCGUUCCUCGAGUCCAAUCCGUCCGAGAUCGUCACGAUCUUCAUAGAGGACUACGUGACCUCACCUAACGGACUCACGCGUCUCUUCACCAGCGCGGGCCUGAUGAAGUACUGGUUCCCGGUGUCCCGAAUGCCCAAGCACGGGGAGAAUUGGCCCACCGUCACGGACAUGGUGAACAAUAACCAGAGGCUGCUCGUCUUCACCUCCAAGUCCGCCAAGGAGGCCUCGGAGGGCGUCGCCUACCAGUGGAGAUACGUCGUGGAGAACCAAUAUGGAAACGGGGGGAUGAAGGCAGGUGCCUGCCCAAAUCGAGCGGAGUCAUCGCCCAUGAACACACCAACAAGAUCCCUCGUCCUGGUGAACCACUUCCCCGACACCCCUGAUCUCGUCACCGCUUGUAAGGACAACUCCGCCGCCCUGCUCAGCACGCUUGCCGCCUGCUCUCAGGCUGCCAACAAUCGAUGGCCUAAUUUUAUCGCUGUUGAUUUCUACAAGAGGAGUGAUGGUGGUGGAGCUCCAUAUGCUGUGGAUGUGGCCAACGGGCACCUGGUAUGCGGCUGUCAAAGUAUCGGCAACUGCAAGCCAAACAUGACCAUCGGCAGCUGUGGUUCUUAAGAGAUCUGAAGUCUGAACUACCACCUUUGGCAAAGGCCAGGCGCCUCGAGGGGCUUGUGAACAAAGAGGGAAUACAUAUAUAUAUAUAUAUAUAUAUGUAUGUGUGUGUGUUCUUCUUCUUCUGAGAAAUAAAAGCCAUGUUAAUUAUGCUUCCUUUCCGUAGAUGAUCAUCACAACAUAUGCUGUGGAUAUGCCCUACACUUGUGUUGUUCUCUCACGUACUGAAUGGUUUAUCUACUUAUUGGUUA